CCAUAGCCGAGUCUCCAUUUCAACCUCAAGUUUAUCAACACCACAGGCUUCUUUACUUGCUUGAGCUCGAAAAUGUAACUUCUCAACUAUCGUCUCUUACUAAGUUGCUUGGUUUAUGUCUUUGCAGAUUAAUUGAGCGCCUCAAAGAACCAAGUUUCUGACGAGUGAGAGUUCACCCAGAGUCUCAUCUCACUCCGUCCGCCCACCUUUUAAACUCGCACAUACCACAUAUCAAAACACCUGAACCGAAACAUGGACACGGACCAAACAGACGCCAACUUGCUCUUCCUCUCCGUCAACCUCUCCGACUCGGAACCCGAUGAAGCCGCCACGCCCAUUACGAACACCACCACCACCAUCACCACCAUCGUCUCAUCCACAGACCCAACAAGCGAGCACCAACCCACCCGCGCCGAGCGCACCGCCCUGUCCCAGGAAGCCUUCCAAGCCCUGAAACAAUCCUACCGCCCGAAGGUUGAGAACGGCAAUAUACACAAAACAAUCCCCCUUCCCCUCCCAGACUCGCCAACUCCCCUCUCAAAACCAGAAGCACAGGCGCUGCUGCACGCAGCAGAGGAGCUGUAUUUCUUUCGGCAAUACUCUCAGGCAGUAGAUUUCAUUAGACGUAUUCUGGAUGGGGAUGGAGGGGGGAAAGGAACCCGCGAAGGUGUGGAAGAAGAAGGGAGAGAGAACAGGGCUCGGAAAGGUAGUGGUGGUUCAGGGAGGAUUGAUGAUGAAACGAGCCGGUUAUUAAGGUAUUACCUCGCCCGGUGUCUGGCUCGUUUGGAGGAGGGACAAGGGGAGGAGGAGGAGGUGUAG